UUUCUCUCUACAUACUUCAUGAAGGGCGGUUCAAGGCUUCUCUGGUUUUUGUUCUCUCUUUGUUGUUACUGUGUAAUAAUAAACAACAAUGGCGUUGAAGGGUCUCAUAAGAUUCAUCAUGAGUAUCAGUGUGUGCCUGACACUAAGGUUAGGCAAGUUCAUAGAACUGGAUACCACUUUCAACCCCCUAGGAACUGGAUAAACGAUCCAAAUGGACCCAUGUACUACAAUGGAAUCUACCACCUUUUCUACCAGUACAAUCCCAAAGGUGCAGUUUGGGGUAACAUCGUGUGGGCUCACUCAGUAUCAAGGAAUCUGAUAGACUGGGAGGCGCUUGAGCCAGCCAUCUAUCCUUCAAAGCCGUUUGACAUAAACGGAUGUUGGUCUGGUUCAGCCACCAUCUUGCCUGGUAACAAGCCUGCAAUUCUCUACACUGGAAUCGACACACAACAAAGGCAAGUCCAGAACAUUGCAUUUCCAGCCAACCUCUCGGAUCCAUACCUAAGGAAAUGGGUGAAACCCGACAGCAACCCACUAGUGGUUCCUGAUGUUGGCAUGAAUGCAAGCACAUUCCGUGACCCAACAACUGCUUGGCGGGUGAAUGGGCAUUGGAGGAUGUUGGUGGGUGCCAGAAAGAAGCAUAGAGGGAUAGUCUAUUUGUAUAGGAGUAGAGAUUUCAUGACAUGGAUAAAAUCAAAACAUCCUCUUCAUUCUGCCCAGAAUACCGGAAUGUGGGAAUGUCCUGAUUUUUUUCCUGUUUCUUUGUAUAGUGAAAGGGGGUUAGACACAUCAGUAACGGGUAAAAAUGUUAGACAUGUUUUGAAGGUGAGCCUUGACCGAACUAGAUAUGAGUACUAUACAAUUGGAAGAUAUUAUCCGGAAAUAGAUAGGUAUAUACCGGGCAACACCUCUGCUGAUGGUUGGAGUGGGUUGAGGUAUGAUUAUGGCAAUUUUUAUGCUUCGAAAACGUUCUUUGAUGCCGAGCAGAAACGGAGGAUUUUGUGGGGUUGGGCUAAUGAGUCAGAUACAGCAGACAAUGAUACUGCAAAAGGAUGGGCUGGAAUUCAGACAAUUCCAAGGACCCUAUGGCUUGACAAGGGUAAAAAACAAUUGUUACAAUGGCCCAUUGAAGAACUAAAUACACUAAGAGGGCAAAAGAUUCAGGUGAGGAAUCAAGAGCUCAAGAUUGGGGAAAAUGUUGAAAUCACAGGAAUUACAGCCGCACAGGCCGAUGUUGAAGUUACAUUCUCUUUGCCGAGCUUGGACAAGGCUGAAGAAUUCGAUCCUAGCUGGGUUAACGCACAAGAUCUCUGCGGCAUGAAGGGUUCAACUGUUCAAGGUGGGGUUGGACCCUUUGGACUGUUGACAUUGGCUUCAGAACACCUUGAAGAGUACACUCCUGUCUUCUUCAGAAUCUUCAAGGCCAAAGGCAAGCAUGUAGUCCUUAUGUGCUCUGAUGCGAAAAGUUCCUCGUUACGGACAGAACUAUACAAACCAUCAUUCGCAGGUUUUGUGGAUGUAGAUUUAAAAGAUGGGAUGCUCUCCCUUAGAAGUUUGAUCGACCAUUCUGUAGUGGAAAGUUUCGGGGCUGGAGGAAAAACAUGCAUCACAUCUAGGGUUUAUCCUACUCUAGCAGUCUCGAAGAAGGCUCAUCUAUAUGCAUUCAACAAUGGAACAGAGGCUGUCACCAUUAAGAAGCUGAAUGCAUGGACUAUGCAUCGUCCUCAAAUGAACUAAGAUCGAGGAGGCCCAGAUCCAAAAUAAAAAAGUUCCGGGUUUUCUUCUUUCUUUCUUUCCCUUUUUCUAAUUAUAAAUUGUAAUGCAUGUAAUGGAUCGUCCUCAAAUGAUUGAAGAUUCAAUGACAAAAAAAUUUAUCAUUAGACAUUGAA